AUGGACGUCACGCUCGACGACGAGGACCUCACGCCGUCCCCCGUCUGCCUGCCCCUCGCCGCCCCCAUCCACAUCUCCCACCUGCGCCCCGAGCACCGCCACUCCUCCUUCUGGACCUGGCCGUUCUACGCGCCGCUCCUCUUCGAGAACGAAACGUCCGACGCCCGCGACCACUGCGCCAACGAGCGCACCUUCCUCUCCUACCUCCGCCUGAGCGUCUACAUGGCCAUCGUCUCCGUCGCCAUCGUCCUGUCCUUCCACCUCAAGACGCAGCCCAGCGAGUUCGAGCUGCGCAUGGCCAAGCCCCUCGGCGCCACCUUUUGGGGCCUCAGCGUGUGCUGUCUCUUCCUCGGCCUCGGCAACUACAUCUCCACCAUGAACAAGUACAGCCGCAAGGCUGCCAUUGUGCAGACGGGCUGGAAGACGCAGCUGCUGCUGAGCGUUGUCGCCAUGGCCAUCAUUGGCACCUGUGUCGUGCUGCUCGUCAUUGCCAAGGUCAGCACCGACACGGAUACGGGUUGA